UUUGUUUUGAGUUCCCACGAUACACCCUCGUUGUUUAUACAAUGAUUAAAUUAAAGCCCAUAACUAUAUUUAAUUUAAGAUGACCGUGUGCUCUUCAGUUGAUUUCUGUUAAAAACCAAGCUUCGAAUAUUGCUUUAGAAACAAUUCUCAUUGUAUUAACGGUGGCUGUUCUACAGCUUGCCUUAAUUUUGUGAAAAUGUUUAUUUUGUUACAAUAAGUUAUUACAAAACCGGUACACUUUUUACUUUUUUUUUAUUGUCCUUUAAAUAUGUUUGCAAUUAUUAUGUAGCGCUCUGCGUUAUAACGCUCCAGAAAUGUUAAGAUGUAUUCGAUUUCCUACAGCCAAAACUUCAGCGCACAACAGCGGGAAAACAUCGCGUUUGCGUGCGCACAAGCUAGGGGUCUUCCCAUUCUCGUCAAGAGUAAUUCAGUUGUCGGGAAACGGGAAACAAAAUGGAAAUAACACCUGGAAAGCAGCUUACCCUGGAGAUGUUGAAGGAAGCCAGAGACACUGUGAUGAAUAGCCCUCUAGGAGUUGUUAACACUCCACUAAUACCUCUGAGUCAAACAGCAUUACCUCUGGAUGUCACCUACAACCUCUAUAUAAAGCUGGAAAACAUGCAAAGGACAGGUUCCUUUAAGAUUCGGGGGGUAGCUAAUCAAUUUGCUAGAAGACCAAAAGGAGGACAUUUUGUUACAAUGUCAGCAGGAAACUAUGGGAAGUCAUUUGCUUAUGCCUCAAAACACUAUGGUUCAACAGGGAAAGUACUGAUGCCAGAAACAGCCCCUACCACAAGGUCUUCUGUAAUCACUAGCUUUGGAGUCGAGGUGGAACGCAUGCCAACUACGUUGUUAUUGUCUGCUGUUGAGCGUUGCGUACAGGAGGAUAAUGUGACUUUCCUACAUUCCUAUGAUGACGUAGAUCUAAUUGCUGGACAUGGGAGUCUUGGUCUGGAAAUCCUUGAGAUCAUCCCUAACCCAGAUGUUGUAGUCCUGUGCUGUGGUGGUGGAGGGCUACUAGCUGGUGUAGCUGCUGCCAUUAAACUUUCAAACUGUAACAGCACUAGAAUAUACGGAGUAGAACCAGCAGGAGCCUGCACCAUGUACAAAAGCUUUAUUGAGAAGAAUCCAGUAUCUAUGGAUGCAAAAAGUAUUGCAUCAGGACUGGCUCCUCCUUGUGCAGGUGCCAUCACAUUUCAAAUUUGCCAACAGUAUGUAGAAGAAAUUGUACUUGUCAAAGAUGAUGAAAUUAAAGCUGCAGUCUCCACACUGUACAGGGCUGGCAUUGUUGUGGAACCAUCAGGAGCAGCAGCCUUUGCCGCUAUUUCUGGAAACAAGAUCCCAGACCUCAAAGGGAAAAAUGUAGUUGUUGUUUUAAGUGGGGGCAACAUUGGUAAAGAUGAAUUAAGCAAUUUUCCUGAUUAAACAAAAUAUCUCUGGAUAAUAUAGUUUGGAUACUAGAAUGCCAUCUUCAUCCUCACCUUAUGCAGACUUACAGUAGGACAACCAUGGAUAUGUGAAAAUAAAAUAAACUCAAUGUUACCGUGUUAUUGAUAUGGUCCAGUGUUAAUGUGGUAAAGUUGU